AUGACCGGCGACCAAGACCCAGACCACGACGGCCUCCAUGGUGCAGAAGGCGAAGAGGAUGGCGAAGAGGCCGAGGUUGUUGGCGGUCGGGUGGUGACCCUCCGAAGAGCCCAAGUAGUUGAUGAGUACCGGGAAGAUCAUGGCAUGGUUCCGGACCGGUACAAGACUAGUCGAGGACUGGUUCAGGACGUGGAUAGAUGUGGUCCGCUCCCUUGCCGGAGCAGUACUGCGGCCCGAUGGUCUCCCUCCAGGUUAUGCAAUCUUACAUAA